ACACUGCCUGUGUUUGUUCACACACACAGUUGAGCUCUUACCGAAUACCAGAACUCCCUGACUUCUGUAGAAAGACGUUUUGAGAUUAAAAGGAGAAUGUGAAGGAAAAUGAAAUGUGAAGAUGAGAAGCAGGGAGACUCCAACCGUCAUGUUAAGGUAAAGCAGAAAAGUGCAGUGCUGAACAUGCUAAAGAAGUUGGACAAAAUAAGGUUCAGAGGUCACAAGAGAGAUGAGUUCCUUGAUUUAGCAGAGUCUCCAAAUGCUUCUGACACUGAAUGUGGAGAUGAAAUCCCAGUGAAAAUACCUCGAACAUCACCCCGAGACAAUGAAGAGCUGAGAGACCCUGCUGGUCCAGGGACCAUCAUCAUGGCUUCAGGAGUCCAGGAUUUUAACAGAACGGAGUCUGACAGACUGAAUGAAAUCAAAGGUCACCUGGAAAUAGCCUUACUGGAAAAACACUUUUUGCAGGAGGAACUCAGGAAGCUGAGAGAAGAAACGAAUGCUGAAACAUUAAGGCAAGAACUAGAAAAGGAACGACAGAGGAGGCUAGAACUGGAACAAAAAGUCAAUGAAGUGCUUAAAGCAAGAGCUGAAGAGGUAUCUGCAGCUCAACAGCCUGCAAAGCCACAGACACAGGCCAAUGGAGCAGAUAAACGUAGUCACACUGUAUGUUCAAGACUCCAGAAGUGGUUUUGUGACAAAUUUGGGGAGUAUGUUGAGGACUUCAGAUUUCAACCAGAGGAGAACACAGUGGAAACAGAGGAGCCACUUAGUGCUAGAAGGUUGACUGAAAAUAUGAGAAGAUUAAAGAGAGGUGCCAAACCUGUUACUAAUUUUGUGAAGAACCUUUCUGCCUUAUCAGACUGGUAUUCUAUCUACACUUCUGCUAUUGCCUUUAUUAUUUACAUGAAUGCUGUAUGGCAUGGCUGGGCCAUUCCUAUGUUCUUAUUUUUAGCAAUUUUGAGGUUGUCCCUAAAUUACCUCAUAGCCAGGGGUUGGAGAAUACAGUGGAGUAUUGUGCCUGAAGUUUCUGAACCUGUGGAACCUCCAAAAGAGGAUCUGACGGUGUCUGAAAAGUUUCAGCUUGUUCUAGAUGUGGCUCAGAAGGCGCAGAAUCUUUUUGGGAAGAUGGCAGACAUACUGGAAAAAAUUAAAAACUUGUUCAUGUGGGUCCAACCAGAAAUAACACAGAAGCUCUACAUCGUUCUAUGGGCAGCUUUUAUUGCAUCCUGCUUUUUGCCCUACAGGAUUAUUGGACUUGCAAUGGGACUCUAUGCUGGAAUCAAGUUUUUCCUUAUUGAUUUCAUCUUCAAACGAUGCCCCAGACUAAGAGCUAAGUAUGAUACUCCUUAUAUCAUCUGGACAAGUCUCCCAACAGAUCCUCAACUCAAAGAAAGAUCUAAUGCUACAGUGUCGAGACGAGCAUCGUUGUAUUACGGUUACCCUAAAAGCUGGAUGCUUCAAACAGCAGCAUCCAGAAGUUACGUGGGCUCAAGUGCCCCAACUGGAAUAAACAAAGAUGAAGACACGAGUCGCUUCCAUACCACUAAGAGGGGGAAUUUCCAUGAAGUUUUUAACCUGUCAGAAAAUGAGCGUCCUUUGGCAGUGUGUGAAAAUGGCUGGCGUUGUUGCUUGAUCAAUAGAGAUAGGAAGAUGCCUACAGACUACAUCAGAAAUGGAAUUCUUUACGUCACGGAAAAUUACUUGUGCUUUGAAAGUUCCAAAUCAGGCUCAUCUAAAAGAAAUAAAGUUAUAAAGCUAACGGAUAUAACAGAUAUUCAGAAGUAUAAAGUGCUCUCUGUUCUCCCGGGAUCAGGGAUGGGUAUUGCCGUAUCAACACCAUCUACACAAAAACCUUUGGUGUUUGGUGCUAUGGUACACAGAGAUGAAGCUUUUGAGACGAUUUUCAACCAGUAUGUGAAAAUAACCUCUGCAUCAUCGAACAGUGAGAGCUAGUAUCUUAUCUUAGAAAACAUAAAGGAAACUUUCUUAUUUUGCAAUUUGGUAGUGAAAAAAAAAUAAUGAACAUCCUCAUCUAUUUUGCAAUAAUUUUUCUUGUCUGGUGGUUUAUAUUCUAUCUGUUACAUAAAUCAAGUGUAUUUUAUAUAUGCCUUCAUGUUUGUUUUUAAGGUUUUUGUAAAAAAAAAAAAAAAAUUGUAAAAAACCCACAAAAAAAAAAAACCAACAACAAAA